CUCACUGGACAACGGCUCUUCCACUGGUAUCUUUGUUGGAAAGAUCCUUAAUGAAGCAAAUAUAAAUGCCAACAGAGCAUUUGCUUUCGUUGAUGGUGAAGAAAAACAGAAGGCACUACGAAUUUGCCCUGAAGGAGUGGCCCAUUCAGCGUCUCGAAGCAGCUGCCCUAUCACCUUCCCCAAUAGCGAGGCUGCCUCCAGGGCCUCGACCCUGCCCCCCGAGGCAUAUAUUCCUAAACGGGAUCUGACCAUGGUGCCGGUCUUUGUUGCCGGGAAUCUCACUUCAUUCAUGAUGCUUGAUACCGCGAACCCUGAGGAGAUCAUCUCCCUUUCGGCCACCUGUGUUCAAACCUUGACAUGGCCUUAUCAACAGUGA